UAUACCGGAACAGGGAGGAGCUGUGACUGGUCGUCGUGGCUGUAAACAGUUAUUACGGUCUGAAUACUCCGCAUCAUUUCUGACCAAGAUGAUUGAUGUUCGUGCAUGGGCAGAGUAUGUGGUGGAGUGGGCUGCCAAAGACCCCUAUGGUUUCCUCACCACUGUCAUCCUGGCUCUCACACCUCUUUUCAUUGCCAGUGCACUGCUGUCCUGGAAACUGGCCAAGAUGAUAGAGGUCCGUGACCGGGAACAGAAGAAAAAGCAGAAACGGCAGGAAAACAUAGCCAAGGCAAAAAGGACCAAGAAAGACUGAGUCUGUGGGGGGAAGGAAAGGGUCAGUGGAAAAGGAGGAGUAACCACUGCACCAACACAAUCCUCCCUAUUCCAAAUAAUGACACGGUGCACUUCCUUGUCCCAGCCCUAAUGUCAUCGCAGGGCCACUAUGCCCCAUAUCCAGGGUAGAGGGAGCAACACUGGCCCCACAGGCCUAAUAGUGCUGAGACGGACAGUACUGCCCGGAGGAGGCUUGUUCCAGUGGGACUUAGGUCAGCAAGAGCACAGUGGUCAUCUGUAUGAUGUUUCUAUAUAGAGAUCUGCUGGUAAUAUUGUGCAGCUGUUGCAACACCUUGCAUUCCACCAUUAGCAUCUCUGUUGUGCUGAAUUGAUGAUGUAAUGAGCAUACUGGAACUUUUUCUCCAAGUCACUUGCAAAAUAUACAAAUUAUGACUUUCUAAUAAAACAAGUUUUCAUGA